GUGAUAUACAUCAUGUAUAUGUACCUUAUAUAUGAAUUAUACAAUAAAUUGUAUCAAAGUAUUACAUAUUUUUAUAUUUUUAAAUUAAAUAUUACAUAUAUUUUGACGGCACACAUAUGCAUUCAUGUAGUUUAAGUUGCGAUAAUAAACACUAAUUGGAAACAACAAAAAAGUAUCGAUAUAUGUUCUAACGACUUCUGAUUAAAACUUUGAAAACGUCUGAUAUACUGUUGUUUGUAUAUAAAGACAUGACUUUGUAAUAACAUUUUUAUAUGUUUCGAAAUAAAAUCAGUCUAAAUUGAGACAAGGAAGUAUACAGUAAUUAUAACCACUACUGUCUGGAGGGCGAUAACGAACGUUUCAAAUUUAUAUAAUCAGUAACUUUCUUUUUUGCUUAUUUGACGUUUUAAAGAUUAAAUAAUUAAGAAGACAUAUGUGCGGUUCUCGGAGAAAAAUAGACAUUAAUUAUUCUGCCAAAUAAAAACAAGAAUCAAAUAAAAUAUCGAGAAGAAACGAUGAAUAUAAUCUCCAAAUUUCUCUCAUUUUAUGUGAGAAUAUAUUUUUUAUAUAUUAAUUCCAAUAAAUAUAUUUGUAAGAGCUACGUAAAUUUAACUCUCUGCCAUUCAACGUUGCAUUUGUUGUGUCAAGAAAAGAUAUUUUUAUAAAGAUAAAUAAAAAGAUGAUUAAGUUCAAAAUUUCCGCACCAGGCAGAAUCAUUUUAUCAGGGGACCACACGGUGACGUUUGGAAAUCAUUUUGUUGUGGCCGGUUUAGAUCUUCGCACCAAUCUAGAAUUCUGCGAACUAUCAGAUGAGCAAACUAACAUUAGAAUAGAAUUUCAGGAUUAUGAGAAGGAUGUACCUUUACAAGAAGUUCAAUGCUUAUCUUCUCGACUUAUUCGCGAAAACUUGUUUUCCGAUCAAGUCAAUUUGCUUAAAGAAGUGAAUUCCUUUAUCAACGUAAACAAUAUGUGGGAGAAAACCGAGCAGAAAGUUAGCUUACUAAUGCUCUUUUUCUUACUUUGUACUGUUACUUACAAAGAGCACCUUGUCAUAAAACCUUUUCGAUUACACGUGUCCACUGAAAUUCCUUUUGAAAAUGGUCUUGGCGGUUCGACAUCAUUCGUGGUUUGUCUGGCAGCGUGUUUUCUUCAUUGGAAGCGUCUACAGAGUGGUGUUUAUAUUAGAUUUAAUGAACAAGACUUAGAGAAGAUUGAAGAAUACAAUAGAUCUUGUGAGGGCAUUUUGCAAAAGGAUGCAUUAGCAACGAUCGAUGCCAAAGUUUGCGUAUAUGGCCGUAUAAAUAAAUGCAAACAUAUUCAUUCUAAUGUUUAUGAUAUGAAGUGUAUAGAUGUUGUUAAAACGGGAAUAAAGAUUCUAUUGAUCGGGACACAUCUUUACCUAACGGAAGCACAAAGAUAUAAGCAAAUAGCAGAUCUGAUGUUGUCACGUAGCAAUUUUAAUUCUAUUUUUAAUGAAUUGGACAAAAUAGCAAUAAAUAUAUUUGAUGACCUAAAUUAUAUUAAUAAUAACAUAGAAAAUUCUGAUGCUUACAAUGACUUACAGAGAGACAUUAAGAAAAAUCAACAAAUGUUGAGCAAAUAUGAUUUGUCGUAUUUUGAAUUUGAUAUUGUUUCCUGCCUUGGAAGUGGAUUUAAUUUGGCAGGAAAACUUACAGGUUUUAAAGCGUUUUAAAAAUUAAAUACUUAAGAAGACAUAUGUACGGGUUCUUGGAGAAAAAUAGAAUUUAAUUUACCUGCUAAAUAAAAUCAAAUGCGCAUGUAACAAGUAUCAAAUAGAAUAUCGAGAAGAAACGACAAAUAUAAUCUCCAAAUUUUUCUCAUUUUAUGAGAAUAUAUUUUUUUAUAUAUUAAUUCCAAUAAAUAUAUUUGUGAGAGCUACGUAAAUUUAACUCUCUACCAUUCAAUGUUGCAUCAGUUUUGUCAAGAAGAAAUAUUUUCAUAAAAAUGAAUAAAAAGAUGAUUAAGUUUAAAAUUUCCGCACCAGGUGAAAUCAUCUUAUCUGGGGAACACACGGUGAUGUUUGGAAAACAUUUUGUUGUGGCCGGCUUAGAUCUUCGCACCAAUCUAGAAUUCUGCGAACUAUCAGAUGAGCAAACUAACAUUAGAAUAGAGUUUCAGGAUUAUGAGAAGGAUGUACCUUUACAAGAAGUUCAAUACUUAUUUUCUCGACUUAUUCGCGAAAACUUGUUUUCCGAUCAAGUCAAUUUGCUUAAAAAAGUGGAUUCCUUUAUCGACGUAAACAAUAUGUGGGAGAAACCCGAGGAGAAAAUAAGCUUACAAAUGUUCUUUUUCUUGCUUUUUAUUAUCAUUUACGAUAUGGAGCACGAAGUAAAACCUUUUCGUUUACGCGUGUCCACUGAAAUUCCUUUUGGAGAUUGUUUUGGCAGUUCAACUUCGUUCGCGGUUUGUCUGGCAGCGUGUUUUCUUCGUUGGAAGCGUCUACAAAGUGGUGAUUAUAUCAGAUUUAAUGAACAAGACUUACAGAAGAUUGAACAUUACACUAAAUCCUGUGAGAACAUAAUGGUAUAUUCUACGUUUAAGCCGCUCGAUGCCAAAGUUUGCAUAUAUGGCAGUAUAAAUAAAUGCAUAAGUAAUAAUUAUCAAUCUUGUUCUAUCGAGGAAACUAUAAAUUUAACAACAGGAAUGAAGAUUCUAUUGAUCGACACACAUCGCUUACAAUCAGACAAAUACAGCAUAUAUCUGCAAAUGCUAGAGUUAAAAUAUUUCCGUCCUAGCUAUUUCAAUUCAAUUUUAAAUGAUUUAGAGAAAAUAGCAACAAGAAUAUUUAAUGAUCUUUAUAAUAUUAAUAAUAAUAUAAAAGAUCCUGAUGAUGCUUAUAGCGACUUACAAAGAGACAUUAAGAGAAAUCAACAAAUGUUAAGCAGGUAUAACUUGUCGUAUUUUGAAUUUGAUAUUAUUACCUGCCUUGGAGGUGGAUUCAAUUUGUCAGGAAAGCUUACAGGUUUUGGAGGCAGAUAUGUAUACUUUCUGUUACCACCAAGAAUAACACAGGAAGAAAUCAAACGUAUUACCAAUUUUUU